AUGGGACUCGAACAGCAAUCCUAUGUGCUAGGAAAAUGGUACUAUGCAGCGGAGCGCACGUCGGACAACGGUGACCGUCUGGUCGACUUGUGCGAACAGACGGGUCUCAUCAUCGCUUCCACGUUUAAGAGGAAUCAUCGACGCCAUCAGCUCACGUGGCAGAGGUCAACCCUUUUAACGCCUGAAGAGCAGCGCAAGCGGAAGAUGAGGACUCUUGAACUUCAGCUCGACUACGUUCUGACGAGGAACAUUCCUCAGUCAGAUAUCCGAAAAUCUAGAGCUGUUUGGGACGUCGCGUUCGACUCUGACCACCGUCCAGUUCUUCUCAGCUUCAGGAUACGGUUCCACAAGAGAAAUCGAGGAGUUCCUCUUCAACCGAAAAUCGACAUGGCAGGUCUGAAAGACGAUGAAUGCAGAAGAAAAUUCCGCCAACGUGUGUCUAUUCAUGUUGGAGUACGGACCAGGAAGAACCUUAGCGAUGCGGAUUCCUUCACAAAGUGCAUCCAGGACGCUGCAAGGGAAACGCUCCCGGUUCUAUUGCCGCGGAAGAAGUUUGCCUUUGCAUCUGCGGAAACAAAAUCCACAUACAAUUCUGUAUGUGUCGCGCGCAGCACUGGUGACUUCAACCAGUAA